AUGUGGCACGUUUCCACAAAGCGAUUCGCUCUUGUGGCGCUGGCUGCGUCCUUUCUUCUUUCUACGCAUGCACUCGCACAAGACCAGGACAAGGACCAGAUUGACAAUUUCUGUCGCCGCUUCGCCCAUCAGAGCACGUGGAUUGACGACAAGCUGUAUUUUGACGGAGGUUACAUCGAUUAUGGCUCGCACAUCGACGGAUCGACCGUCAACUAUACCAACACCCAGCUUCUCUGGGCCGACACCACGACCACGACGGACGACUUCUUCCCGCCCAUGCACGAUGACUUGACCAAGCCUACGAACGUUCCGUCAGUGGCCGGUGGCACGCUGUGGGCAGAUGAAGUCAACAAGCUGUUCUAUCUUUAUGGUGGCGAGUACAACUCGACCAGCCCACCACCCCAGCAGUUCACGCUUUGGCUGUUCGAUACAAUAUAUAAUACCUGGAACGAGACCAGUACUGAGUCCCCGCCGACACCGAACUCGUUUGGUGCAAGUGCGGUCGACCAGAAUAAAGGCACGGCGUAUUAUUAUGGCGGAUGGAAGAGCAAUGCGACAGAAGUGGGCUUUCCCGGAGCGCCAAGGCUGGAGUCGGGGUUGAUCACCUUCGAUCUGAACACGAAGGAGUGGGGACACAGUCUGUUCAUUGACGAUACGCCUCGUGGAGAAGGAGCGUUGUUCUAUAUCCCGGCGUCGGAUCAGGGAAUGCUCGUGUAUUUUGGUGGUGUGGAGCAGAGCUCGAGUGGACCGAAUGGAACCAAGGGCCCUAGCGGAGUGCCGAUGGAUACAAUCUGGAUGUUUGACAUUGGUAGCCAGGUGACGUAUUCACAGAAAACAUCUGGCCCGACCCCGGGUAUGCGACGCCGAUUCUGUGGAGGAGUCAGCUGGCCAGAAGACCGCUCGUCGUUCGACGUAUACCUCUACGGCGGCUUGUCUCUAUUUGAAGAAGCACAAGGAGAAGGGUAUGGAUUUGACGAUGUGUGGGUCUUGAGUCUGCCAUCGUUUACUUGGGCCGUUCUCGACAACUCCACCCAAAGACCGCACCAUUCUCUCAGCUGCGAUGUCAUCAAUCAAGGCCAGAUGAUAGUCAUGGGCGGGUACUUCCCCAACUCUUCCGACGUGCGUUGCGACUCGUCACCCAGUCGGGGCAUGCAUAACCUCAAUCUUGGCGCAAACGACGUCGACGAUGCAAUCUGGUAUCGAUAUCAGCCCAAUCUGACCUAUUACUCACGGCCGACUCAACUCACUGAGGUAAUCGGCGGAGAGUCGACUGGUGAUCUCACACUCAAGACGCCGGUCGGUGGGUUUGACAGCCCUGAUCUUGGUGUGUACAUGGGUCGGUUGGCGCAGACAGGCCAACGUACCCCAAACAGAGCACUUUCGACAUCUACCUCACCGACAGCCAAGCAAAGUCCAGGAGAUGGUGCGGAUGUGGGAGCGAUUGUCGGAGGCGUCAUCGGCGCCGUGGCAGGUCUUCUCAUCGUUCUCGCCCUCGUGUUCCUCUGCUGGAGACGACGCCAGGAACGCGCCGAGCAACAUGCCACAAAAGAGCCAAACGGGAGCCAAGUGGGAAAUAUGUCCACAAUCGGCGACUCGACCGUGUACGGCAGUCCGGGCGGGCAAAACAAGCAAGACUUCAGCGGACGAUCUUGGGCCACGUUGUUGGGUAUCUCCUCCCUUCGCGGCUCGCCUGAGAACACCCCUCAGCCACAGCAGACGAAGUGGCAGCCUGUUCCUGUACAUCAGCAGCCGAGUGCGCAACAGUAUUACCCACCGCCACCGCAAGCGCAGCCUUUCUACCCUACGCCGCCUGCACCGCAGCAGUACAGCACCGAAGAGCACAGUCCUGUGGUGGAGAUGCCGAGCGUGCGAAGUCCAACGAAUGUGGAAGAUGUGAGGAUGGCGUCGUAUAGGAAUGGGGGUAGUCCGUUGGCGAGAAGGACUGGUGGGACGAUUCACGAGGAAUGA